CAAUCUCCCCCCCCCCCCCAACCCAAGGCCAACAGGAUCAGUGCACUGCAGGGUCAUGUUUAGGGACUAGCAGGGCCCAGCGAGCUCAGUCAGCUCCUGGCUGUGAGAGAGUGUGUUGCGUGAACACAGCCACGCUUACGUUAGUGGCAAUUAACACGCAGUGAUUAAUAAGAUGUACAACUGUGCUCAAAUAUACAGACGAUUCAGCACCACCCAGAGUUUACUGGAAAGGAUGCGUGUGGCCAUCAUUGGACAGUCAACCUUUGCUGGGGAAGUGUACAAGCAACUAGUGAAAGAUGGACACAAGGUUGUCGGGGUGUUUACCAUUCCCGAUCAAGGCAAUCGAGAGGACCCUCUUGCAACAAUAGCAGCAUCUGAUGGCGUCAAGGUGUUCAAGUUCAAGUCAUGGAGGAAAAAAGGAGUGGCCCUGCCAGAAGUGCUGGACCAGUACAUGUCCAUUGACCCAGAGCUCAACGUUAUGCCAUUCUGCAGUCAGUUCAUUCCCAUGGAGGUGAUCAACCAUCCGAAGAACAAAUCAAUUUGCUACCAUCCAUCCAUCCUUCCUCGUCACCGUGGUGCUUCAUCAAUAAACUGGACGUUGAUGUGUGGGGAUAAGAAGGCUGGCUUUUCCAUCUUUUGGGCUGAUGACGGACUAGACACGGGUCCCAUCCUGCUGCAGCGUGAAGUGGACGUGGAUCCUAAUGACACUGUGGACUCUCUCUAUAACAGGUUCAUGUACCCUGAGGGCAUCAAAGCUAUGGCAGAAGCUGUGAAGCUGGUGUCAGAUGGGAAAGCUCCCAAGACUCCUCAACCUGAAGAGGGUGCCACUUAUGAUCCUAUGCUAAACAAGAAGGAAUUAUGCAAGAUAAACUGGGAUCAGUCUGCUGAAGCUAUCCACAACUUUAUUCGAGGGCUUGACUCCUCACCAGGAGCUUGGACAGUUAUUGAUGGGAAGGAGGUUAAAUUAUUUGGGUCCAAGCUGCUCAGCAACACCAAUGUAGAGGGGCAUGAAGUGCAGAUAGAGGGUCUAGCCUCUCCAGGAAUUAUUCACAAGGAUGGACUUCUUCUCACAGGAAAGGAUGGCAACAAGGUGAAUGUUGCAAGACUAAGUAUUGAGGGAAAAAUGAUGAAUGCCUCUAAGUACGGUGUUACUGCGGAGACUACAGAGGCUGUGCAACUAACAGAGGAGGAACAAAAUGUUGCAGAAAAAGUAAGGGAAACAUGGAAAGCCAUCCUCAACAUUGAAGUUGAUGACAACACAGAUUUCUUCAAAGCUGGUGCUGGAUCUAUGGAUGUUGUAAGAUUGGUGGAGGAGACCAAGGAAACAGCUGGUAUAUCACUUGAAAAUGAGGAUGUGUAUAUGGCUACUACCUUUGAAGAAUUUGUUCAGGUUAUGGUCAUGAAAAUGAGGGGUGGUGAUGCCAAGCCUGUCUUUGAAUAUGAUGCCAUCAAAAUGCAUGUCAACAAUAUGGACCUAGAGUUUCCCAACCAACUCUUCAUUGAUGGACAGUUUGUUGAUGCUACCAGUGGGAAGUUUCUCAAGAGCAUCAAUCCAGCCACUGAAGAGCUUAUUUGUGAGGUUCAUGCAGCUGGAAAGGAAGAUGUAGACAGAGCAGUUGCUGCAGCUAAACAGUCAUUUUAUAAGGGCCCAUGGGGAACAAUGAAUGCUAGAGACAGAGGAAACCUCCUUUACAGACUGGCUGAUCUAAUGGACCAGCACAAGGAAGAACUGGCUACUAUUGAGACCAUUGACUCUGGUGCCGUAUACACAUUGGCUCUCAAGACCCAUGUGGGAAUGAGCAUUGAUACUUGGCGCUACUUUGCUGGGUGGUGUGACAAGAUUGAGGGCACCACCAUACCUAUCAACAAUGCACGGCCUAACCAUAACUUAACCAUAACCAAAAAGGAGCCUAUUGG